AAAGUUUGGAACAUCGAACCAGUUAAGUUUGCUAUUGUGACUAAAAAUGGUGCGAAAUUUGAAGACUUAGACAUAGAAGGUUUGUUAACAGUCAAAGAAAGUUUUGACAGAAGGUUCUCAAACCUUAAAGAAGGCAAAGCAUACAAACUUGUUAUACCUUAUGAACCAAAGAAGACAGACGACUAUGAAUAUUAUGAGUCUAAAGUUGUAGAAGUUCAAGGUAAAUUGGGUAAAAAGAUUUUAGAGUCUAAGCCAGUGUUUACUCCUAAAGAGGAAGAGAACAUUGACAUUGACCCAGAAAUGUUCUAA